AUGAAGAUCUUCUGGGAAAGCGAUAAUUGGCCUGGUGCAGUUAUUCAACCAGGUAUCACAUGCUUAGGAUGGAUGCCAUGCGCUGAUAAACCUGGUUUUGGUCUUCUUGCUGCUGGUUCUGAAUCAGGAGCAGUUGGUGUAACUUCAACGGAAAUAUGUCCGCGUGAAGACGAUUUGCUACGAAAUAAUUUCAAUUUACGCGGUCAUCACAGUGCUAUAAGUAUUGUUGCUUGGAAUCAAGGGCAGAUGAAAUUGGCAAGCUGUGAUUUAUCUGGGAUUAUUUAUGUUUGGGUACCCAAUGAAGAACGAUGGAGUGUCGAAUUAGUUAACGAUCGCGGAGUUAAAGUCCGUGAUGUAUGUUGGAGUUCAAAUGGUAAUUUGGCAUUAAUAUGCUAUGAAGAUAAUUUCGUAUUAAUUGGCUCUUCGUCUGGUCAGCGAAUAUGGUCAAGCUCAUUUACUGUUGCAGUAUCUUGUGGCGUUUGGGCACCAGAUUCUCAUGAGAUUAUAUUAGGGUUAAGCACCGGUGUAAUACAAGUGCUUACUGAGCAAGGAGCAACUAUUAUGGAAAGAGCAAUAUCUUCAUUUUCAAUACAGCGUUUGGCUGCCUCACCAUUUCGCAACAAUGGAAAAUGGACAUUAGCUAUUUGCUCAUCUUCAAAUCUUAUUACUUUCCUUAGAAAUUAUGAUGAAACAAAUGCAGUUGAGUGGCAAAGUGAAGAUCCAGUAUUAGACGUGCAGUGGAGUUCUUCUGGGACAUUAUUAGCCGUAGUCACUAAACCUAAUCGAUUGACUAUUUUAAAUGAAAGAGGAAUUGUUAUGUAUUCGAAACCAUUUCCAUUCCAUAUAUCAAAAACUUUAACUGCAUUUACUUGGGCUCAUAAUGAUCAAGUUAUUGUUGCUGCUGCUGGUGGUCAUUUAGUUAUCGGUCGAGUUGUGUUUGGUGUACCUCCAUUAUCUUCUUUAGUUACUUAUAAUAUAUGGGUUAUGAUGGGUCAUUCAUCGCAAAGGGUUGAUUCACUUCCUUUGCCAAGUCGUGAGCGAAAUGUAAUUCGAGAAUUAGAUCACCAUGUUAUCCGGUGUCGUAUGCCAUCAAAAGAAACCUUGUGCGAAAGUGUAUGCGAACCAUCAGCUUGGCGAUGGUAUUGUACUGUGAGACCAAUACCUCAUAGAAUGCAUUGCUACACUUUGUGUUUCGAACAUAUGGGUGGAUUGAUACCUGUAUUAAUGGGUCGGCAGAUUAAUCGAAUAAUCCCUCAGUUUUAUAUUUCUCUUCUCGACUCGUCAGUUUUUACACCUUCGUCUCACUGUUCUACAAUGGAAAAUGGUUGUUCUGCGCGAGUCGAAGAUGUAGGGGCUUUCAAUCGUCCUUCCGUUCAGCGUAAUUCUGUUUGGAGGCGAAGUAAGCGACAUAUUAGAGCGUUGAUGAAUCGUCGCGUCGCCUCAUGUCAAGUACCGAGUAAAACAAAUGGGAAACUUGUUCAGGUAUCAUCAAAUGUAUGGUGUACACGCUUCAAAAUGACAUCUCUUGCUGCAUCAUUGCUUCCUCCUUCUCUUGCUGAGGUAAUUUAUAAAACAUCUGUUUUGCAUCUUCAACCCCGACAAAUGACAGUGCGUAUCGCUGAUUUGGCUAAACGGAGGAAGAAAAAUUCUUCGAACAUUAAUGGCGAAGAUAAAUAUCAUAGCUUGCGACAGAGAAGAGGUCUAGUUGAUGUAAGAGCUGCAAAUAUGGCUGCGAUUUUAAGCGAAAUAUAUGCUUUUGAAAAUGACGAAUAUUCGCUGAGACAAUGUUUACUGUCUGAAGAGAAAGAUGUUUUUGAUGAUGAUGAUGAUGUAGCGCUUCUUGAAGAAAGAAUUCUGUAUGAGAAUGUAUUUGCGGAAUUCAAUGAACUUCGUGCAGCUGUCGAUCGCCAUAUUGCAAGGAUGAAAUGUUUUGCGAAUGAUCUUGAAAAAUCUUCUUUGAAGCUGGAAACUGUAAAUGCUAGCGAUAUUUCUUCUACCAGUCUUAGGGCACAGAAGAUCUCAGUAUCACUUCGGGACGAUCGACUAAGUGCUAAUAAAAAUAGAGUUGAGCUGGCAAGACCCUCAACUUCAGAUCAGUGGCCUAGGUAUUAUGAUGAAAUUGAGUAUAUUGAUGAGGACGAUUCGGUUGCAAUCUGUACUAAGAAUGAUCAUUAUUCUGAACUUAUACCACUGGUUGCUAAUACUUCACGUUUAAGUGAUCCUUCGCGAAAAGGACUUCGACAGCUCAAUGAUAUAUCAUCGGUUUUGGAUAAGCUAUCAAAACUGGCUAAUGAUCUUACCACUCGUUGUGCUGUUGGUCAAGUGAGUAAUCAAGCGAGUCCAUCUCAUGCCUCAAAUAUCGCUAUGGGUUAUAAUGGUAAUACUACAACAGUUUUAUCAUUACGUACACAAUUGAAAGAUAUUGCAACAAGAGUAACACAGAUUGAAAGGAAAAUUAAUUAUGGUGAUGAAUUACUUGGUGAAGUUUGUGGUGAUCUGCAACAACGAAUUCAACAUAUUAAGCGAAUUCUCGGUGAACAUCCUCCCACGGUUGAUGAAGUUUCAUUUUUGACAAUGUACAACAAAGCACCGUUUUGGAACGAAGCAAGCCAAGUUUAUCAGCUAGACUUUGGUGGACGAGUUACUCAAGAAUCAGCAAAAAAUUUUCAAGUUGAAUUUGAUAGUAAACAAGUCAUGCAGUUUGGUCGUAUUGAAAACGGUGCUUAUACUUUAGAUUUUCGUGCACCAUUUAGUGCUGUUCAGGCAUUUUCUGUUGCUCUGGCUUCUAUAACGCAACGUUUGAAAUAA